GCUGCUAAAUUGACACCUAGUGCUUCUACCGCUAGUGCUGCCUCUUCAGUCAUUGCCCUUCCUUUAGUUUUGAUGCCGGGGACGGGUGCCAAUACACAGAGCCCAGUUACUAGCAGCUCUCGCAAAGGCGAUCCUUCAGGAGCUAUUGAGGAGGAUUUUUUUGUGCUUUUAUCACGUGCUCUUCGUCUUGCUGAACUGGCCAGGGAAACUGCCGACUCGGAACGCCCAGGACGUCGUGUCUCACCCGCAGUUUUUACGGCUACCACCGGACUCACCGAACCGAAUGAAGUCGCAGACGAGUUGGCUGAGAAGCAGCGCGUCACAUUACAAAUGAGACGGUAUAAAGGAAUGAGUUCACUCUUUUCUCAUUUUGAGCUAAAACGAUAUGAUUAG